CGGCGCGGCACUCGCGGCUGCUGCCUGGGAGGGAGGUUGGCCAGGCGGCGGAGCGGCGCGGCUCUCAACCUGACGGGGAAGUGGCUCUGGCGGCCGCGACUAACUACCCGGAGGCGGACGGACGGACCGACGGACAGGCGGGCGACGGGGACAGAGGCUGGGAGCCGAGCCGGGUGACUGAAAGAGCGAGCGGGUCAGGCUCAGCGGCGGCCACUCUGUCGGUCUGCUGAAUGAAGUGCCCGCCCCGCUGAGCCCCGAGCCCGGCGCUUUCCCCGCAAGAUGGACGGUUUCGCCGGCAGCCUCGAUGAUAGUAUAUCUGCUGCAAGUACUUCUGAUGUUCAAGAUCGCCUCUCAGCGCUUGAGUUACGAGUUCAACAACAAGAAGAUGAAAUCACUGUGCUAAAGGCUGCUUUGGCAGAUGUUUUGAGGCGUCUUGCAAGCUCUGAAGAUCAUGUAGCCUCAGUGAAGAAAUCAGUCCCAAGUAAAGGUCAACCAGGCAUUCGAGAAGCUAUUUCCAUGUCCUGUAUAACCAAUGGGAGUGGAGCAAACAGAAAACCAAGUCAUACCAGCUCUGUCUCAGUUGCCAGAAAAGAAACAUUUUCAUCUGCUGCUAAAAGUGGUACAGAAAAAAAGAAAGAAAAACCACAAGGACAGAGAGAAAAAAAAGAGGAAUCUCAUUCUAAUGAUCAAAGUCCACAAAUUCGAGCAUCACCUUCUCCCCAGCCCUCUGCACAGCCUCUCCAAAUACCCAGACAAACUCAAGAAAGCAAGAAUUCUGCUCCCACCAAAAGCAUAAAACGACCACCAACAGCUGAAAAGUCACAUAAUUCAUGGGAAAAUUCAGAUGAUAGUCGUAAUAAAUUAUUGAAGGCAGUUUCAACCUCAAAAAUAAUAUCAAAAGUUAUAAAAAAUACAGACAAGCAUAAAGAUGUCAUCGUCAACCAAGAAGGAGAAUAUGUUAAAAUGUUUAUGCGAGGUCGGCCUAUUACAAUGUGUUUUCCUUCUGAUGUUGACAACUAUGAUGACAUCAGAACAGAACUGCCUCCUGAGAAGCUCAAACUGGAGUGGGCAUAUGGUUAUCGAGGAAAGGACUGUCGAGCUAAUGUUUACCUUCUUCCUACUGGGGAAAUAGUUUAUUUCAUAGCAUCAGUAGUAGUACUAUUUAAUUAUGAGGAGAGAACUCAACGACACUACCUGGGUCAUACAGACUGUGUGAAAUGCCUUGCUGUACACCCUGACAAAAUCAGGAUUGCAACUGGACAGAUAGCUGGAGUGGAUAAAGAUGGAAGGCCUCUGCAACCCCAUGUCAGAGUGUGGGAUUCGGUUAGUCUAUCCACACUGCAGAUUAUUGGACUUGGGACUUUUGAGCGUGGAGUAGGAUGCCUGGAUUUUUCAAAAGCAGACUCGGGUGUUCAUCUGUGUGUUAUUGACGACUCCAACGAGCACAUGCUUACCGUGUGGGAUUGGCAGAAAAAGUCAAAAGCAGCAGAAAUAAAGACAACAAAUGAAGUUGUUUUGGCUGUGGAAUUCCAUCCAACAGAUGCAAAUACCAUAAUAACAUGUGGUAAAUCUCAUAUUUUUUUCUGGACCUGGAGUGGCAAUUCACUAACAAGGAAACAGGGAAUUUUUGGGAAAUAUGAAAAACCAAAAUUUGUGCAGUGUUUAGCAUUUUUGGGGAAUGGAGAUGUUCUAACUGGAGACUCUGGUGGAGUCUUACUUAUAUGGAGCAAAACUACUGUAGAACCGACACCUGGGAAAGGACCUAAAGGUGUUUAUCAGAUCAGCAAACAGAUCAAAGCUCAUGAUGGCAGUGUGUUCACACUUUGUCAGAUGAGAAAUGGGAUGUUGUUAACUGGAGGAGGGAAGGACAGAAAAGUGCUUCUGUGGGAUCAUGAUCUGAACUCUGAGAGAGAAAUUGAGGUUCCUGAUCAGUAUGGAACAAUCAGAGCUGUAGCAGAAGGAAAGGCAGAUCAAUUUUUAGUAGGCACAUCACGAAACUUUAUUUUACGGGGAACAUUUAACGAUGGCUUCCAAAUAGAGGUCCAGGGUCAUACAGAUGAGCUUUGGGGUCUUGCCACACAUCCUUUCAAAGAUUUGCUCUUGACAUGUGCUCAGGAUAGACAGGUGUGCAUGUGGAACUCAGCAGAACACAGGCUGGAAUGGACCAGGCUCGUGGAUGAACCAGGACACUGUGCAGAUUUUCAUCCAAGUGGCACAGUGGUGGCCAUAGGAACGCACUCAGGCAGGUGGUUUGUUCUGGAUGCAGAAACCAGAGAUCUUGUCUCUAUCCACACAGACGGGAAUGAACAGCUCUCUGUGAUGCGCUACUCAGUAGAUGGCACCUUCCUGGCUGUAGGAUCUCAUGACAACUUUAUUUACCUCUACGUAGUCUCGGAAAAUGGAAGAAAAUAUAGCAGAUAUGGAAAGUGCACUGGACAUUCCAGCUAUAUCACACACCUUGACUGGUCCCCAGACAACAAGUACAUAAUGUCUAACUCGGGAGACUACGAAAUACUGUACUGGGACAUUCCAAGUGGCUGCAAACUAAUCAGGAAUCGAUCGGAGUGUAAGGACAUUGACUGGACAACAUACACCUGUGUACUGGGCUUUCAAGUCUUUGGUGUCUGGCCAGAAGGAUCUGACGGGACAGAUAUCAACGCACUGGUGCGAUCCCACAACAGGAAGGUGAUAGCUGUUGCUGAUGACUUUUGCAAAGUCCAUCUGUUUCAGUAUCCCUGCUCCAAAGCAAAGGCUCCCAGUCACAAGUACAGUGCCCACAGCAGUCAUGUCACCAAUGUCAGUUUUACUCAUAAUGACAGUCACCUGAUUUCAACUGGUGGAAAAGACAUGAGCAUCAUUCAGUGGAAACUUGUGGAAAAGUUGUCUUUGCCUCAAAAUGAGAUUGUAGCGGAUACUGCUCCAACCAAAGGCCCCAUCUCUUCCAUUGAGUGCGUCAGGCAGUCUGACACGUCCACACCGCCUCCUCCCCAGCCCUUAAAUGAGACAGCUGAAGAGGGUAGAAGGAGCAGUUCUCCCACACUCCUGGAGAACAGCCUGGAACACACUGUGGAGCCCAGCGAAGACCCCAGUGAGGAGCGGAGUGAAGCGGGCAGCGAAGACCUUGGUGGGCCUGCUGGUGAAGAGCUAUCCAACGAGAUGAGUGAGGAGCAGGGUGACGCUGCUCUUACUGGGGACCACCAAGACCCUCCACCUCUAUCCUAACCAACACCAGGGCUUGAAUGCUCGUGAUCUUGAGCUAGAGUUCAGAUAACAGGCCGGGAAGUGAUGGAGAAUCACUGUUGACCGAGAUUUUGGUUUCCGUGUGAUCUGUUUUCUUCAGUAGUCUUAUCUUCAGUCAGUCGAAUGCAGCCAGCUGAAAGGUUCAGUUUGGUGUCUGUUGAAGAUUAACCAAACUUAAUAGAAGGAAAGACCGAAACAUCAAUUAUGUCUCAGAAAGGACUGUGUAUGUAAGUGAUAAGAUGUAAAUACUGGAAGCAGAAACAGCAGCUAUGUUGAUUUAAAACAAACUCCUUGGUAUCUGAACGUGUUUUCUUCAGGAACAACCAGAGGCAUCACAAACACUGUUACUCAGCUACUGGCUCAGACUGUGCUACUUCUUUCCUGAUGCAGAAAAAGAAAUCAAAAGGAAAAAAAAUGCUUUCUUAUUGCGAUAUCUUCCUACCCUAAAUAUAUCUAGAGGAAAUUUUUUAGUUAAGAAGAACUCCAGUAUUGCCACAGGCAGUGGUAUUGCCUUCUUAAAUAAUAAUGCCAUUUCCUACACUACCAGUAGAUGCCCAGGUGCGCUUGUUAGUCUACUAUAUAGGUGCUGCCUUUUCUAAGACUCAUAAUAAGGAACAGUCUCUUAAUUUCUUGUGUGCAAAUCUAUUUUAUCGUAGAACUAAGAGAGCAGUGGUUUGUUAGAGAGCUUUUAAAUGUAUAUUAAACCAUUGAUACUCAGAAAUAAUGGAGUCCCCAAGGAUUCCUUUACUGGCCUGAACAUUCUUAAAUGUUUGACAUUCAAGGAAAAAAGCCGCAUGCCUAUAAAACUAAACUGUAAUAAUUACUAAGCUAAUUUUAGCUCAGCCUUCAACAUAAUUUGUUCCCUCAAUAAUAGGAGAAAUACAAAUACAGAAUUGGUGCUUUGAAGUUCAUUGGCUUAGUUGUUAAUUUUUAUACAGAUUAAUUACGUUGAGGGAUAAGAUACUCAGCAAACUGCAAAUUCUUUUUUACAGAAGUGUGAAUAACAGUCAUAGUGAUUAAAAUCUGUAUACAUCGCGUACUUAACAGACUUGCUAUAUAUGGUAAUUUUUCUCUGGUGGACUUGCUGUAAGUUUUGCAAUUCUAAUGUGGUUAUCCUCUGCUAUUUUGGACAAUGCAUGUAUUAUUAUGCAUUGGGUAGUAGUUUUUGUUUUUUUAAAGUUUUGUCAGAUGACUUUUUCUUAAGUACAUGUUUCCUACUUUAAAAACAUUUACUGACAAAAUACGCAUUUCCUAUGUUUGUUUAUACUUGGAUUAUAAAAAAACUUUGUUUUGAUUUAUUUUUAACUUGCUGCAUUGUUUUGAUAUCUUUUUUUGUUUGUUAGAUUAUGUUUAGAAACUUUGGAUGAGUUCAGAAGUCUUAAGUAUGCAAGUGUUUACGUGAUUGUGCCAUUCCAAAGUGCAUCAGAACUGUCAUUCCCUUCUAGUACCUUCUCAGGAGUAAUACAGAUCAGGUAUUUCAUCACCAUUUGGUAACAUACAAACUCCAGUGACUCCCAAGGACCCUCACCACAUUUGUGUUCCCGUGCUGUGUGUAAGGGUGUGGGUAUGUGUGAAGGGGUGAGUGUGGACACUCACUCUGUUUGUGUGUAUCUCUGUAUAAGCAGGUAUACGCCACACUGAAAGUACUCAGUGUAUAUCUCUAACUAUGUAGGUAGAUACGUGUCUGUGUAUAUCUCUUUCCUUUUGUUUACAACUGCUCAAAAAAAAGAACACCUCAAAAUAGCUCUCUUCAAAAGAAGAGAUACAGAUUCCAAGUGACCCAUCUAUUUUCAAUAUGUUCUGUACAUAGUUACCAGAGAGGAAGUAUCAGGCAUAUACAUUUGCCUGUUCGCAGCGGUGACUAAAGCAUCCCCGCGAGAACAGUACUGAGACGAACAAGUAGUCUAAGAGUAGGGAAAGCAUUUCUUCGAGCUCUCCACCAUAAGCAGGGAGUCUGUGUGGGGACAUUGGUCACCUUUGGGGUUGCUGUGUACAAUGAGAUUUAUAAUCAUGAUACUCUUGGGUGGUAGUUUCAAAAGACACUACUAAUACGCAGAAAGCGUUCCAGCUCUGUUGCUGGCAACUACUGUUUAACAGUCAAUCAAAUCUGUGAUAAUGGUUGGAAGUGGGUGGGAUUAUGAAAUUUUAGAUGUUUUUAGAAAAACUUGUGAAUGAAAAUGAAUCCAAGUGUUUCAUGUGAAGAUGUUGAGCCAUUUCUAUCAUGCAUUCCUGUCUAAUGGCAGAAAAUUUUGAAGAUUAAAAAUAAAAUAAUCAAAAUGUUUCAUUUGUC